AUGGCUUCCACAUCAUUACUACCUGAAACCACACGUACUAAUCUUGAUGACAGUAUCGCAGCCGACAGUAUCCUCGAAUCUCUAGAGUCUCUGGCGGCAGGAAACAUUCCCACCUCCCUCCGCCAUGAUGAGAAAAAACGCUUGCGCUUUCUCGAAGCCGCCAGAAUGGCUUCCUUGAAGCUAGAGCAGCCGUGGGAUACCAUGCAGCGGCUGAUCUUCUGUGCUUUGCCGCCCAACAUGGCGCAGGUGGGUAUUGAUCUGGGGCUGUGGAGACUCCUUUCUGAGCGAGAGGGAACGGCAAUAAGCGCUAGUGAACUGGCCAUCAAAUUGGACAUUGAAAAAGAACUACUCGUACGAGUAAUGCGCUACGCAGCGACGCAGUGGAUGGUGGAGCAGGUCGGUAUCGACACAUAUCGGGCCACAGAUAUCACGCACUACUUGUCCAUGUCAGGACUAGAGUCUGUCAUGUUCCAUGUGACCGAAAGAAAUAUUGCAGUCUACAACGCGAUACCAAAGUGGAUGGCGGACAAUUCGUAUAAACAGCCUCGCGACAACAAGAACCUCCCAUUUCAACUCAGUAAGAACACCAAUCUACACUUUUUUGAGUGGCUGGCGCAGCGGCCACGGCAUCAACAAGCCUUCAACGAAUACAUGUCGUUCCAGCGGGUUGGGCAAAAGAGCUGGCUUGAUGUAUUCCCACUUGAGAAGUAUGUGUAUGAGCCCAGCGCAGGGAAUAAGCACCGAACACUCUUUGUGGAUAUAGGAGGGGGCUAUGGACACCAGUGCCGGGAAGUAUUGAAGAGAUUCCCCUGGCUGCAAGGUCGUGUUGUGCUGCAGGAUACCCACGAGGCAGCUAUCGACUCAGCCACUGCCAUUGAAGGCCUAAAGGUUGUUCACCAUGACUUCACCAAGCCGCAACCAGUUAAAGGAGCCUGCGUAUACUAUCUACGGAACAUCCUACAUGACUGGCCCGAUCAAGCCUGCCAUAAUAUCCUCUCCCAGAUCAAAGAAGUCCUCGAUCCUGACUCGGUUAUUCUGCUGGAUGAGCUCAUCAUUCACGAUGAGAAUGCACAUUGGUAUGGUGCCUCGUUUGAUCUACUCAUGAUGGCCAACUAUGGUGCGCGCGAGCGGUCGCUGAAUGAGUGGGAUCGCCUUCUAAAGACGGUUGGCCUGGAACGGAAAACCUUUGUGCCUUAUAGCAUGCAUGGAGAUGGUAUUCAGGUAGUUGGUGUCCGAGAAAUAGUUCACGAAAAGUUGUGA